AUGAACGAGACAAGUGCCGACAACUUGAACGGUGACUCCUCACUCCUCUGCAGCACGACAUACACUCGCUCUCAACAUGGCGACGCCUCGCCGUUCUGUUGCUUUCCUCACGCAAGGAAUCUCUCUGGCUCUGAUACGGAUAUCGACUCCGACUCUGCGGGGCAACCGACUUCGUCAGCCGUCUUCCGAGAUCGACUCCACCCUCUGCCUCAAACUCCUCCUCAGAUCAACCGUCCUAUCAAGGUCGCCUCUGACUGGUCUCCGGCCAGCCGUGAAUCCGGUGGAUCACGAUUUCAUGGUGUACGUAUUCGAGGAGAUAUGGAGCUUGCGGGAAAUUUGGGAGCUCUCCAACCCGAUCACUUCGUGCAGAAGGACAUACCCCACAUUGAGGAACGUCGCUGCUGGGUGCUGCAGGACAUACUGUCCAAACUCUGGCAGCUGAACCCCGCUUAUCCCGACGCGUCGGACAAUGAAGACGCAUCAAUGCUCCACGCUAAUUUGGAUGACGACGACGACGUUUCAAUGCACCACACUGAUUCGGACGAUGAUUCUCCAACCUCGGCUCAGCAUGUGGUUAGCUUUCCUUCAACGCGUGCGGUGAGUUCCAAGAACACCUUUCUCUUAUUCCGGCUAACGCGUUACACAGCGUUGACUUCUGGCCGGAGUCUCGGAAAGCAGUGGUUCUGGGACCACCGUUCAUGGGACUUCUCCAUCGCAUGGCCAGCGUUUCGCGAGUCUCUCAAUAGGAGUGCAUUUCGGGUCGAGAUGCAGGAUAACGUUCAGACUUCUCAAUGCGAUCUUCUCACCGUCGAUGUACAGUUCCGCAUGAGGGGCGGGGUGGUUAGGACUAUCAGGAAGAAGGAUGAACUCGGAACUGAGUUCUUCUUUUGCAUGGGGGUGCAGUCAGUGGGGGAGCUCACACGGGUACCGGGUAUCACUCGCCCUCCUAGCUCUGGAAGAGGAUAUGCCCGCCUUACAGGCAUGCCUCAUUUUCGUACGAGCGGGCUGAGUUCGGCGACUUCCGCAAUGUGUGGAGGAGGCGCGAGGCUUAGAGGACUGGGAGAAGGAGACAUCGCACUUCUUGCGCGCCAUCCCCACGGAGCCCCAGUGGAAGGAGCGGGUGACCUCCUCGCCCACGAAUGCCUCAAUGACAUCAUCUUCUUCCUCGACCAGUCCGUCGGGCAUGUAGCGCAUGAGUUCGUCGGCGGACUCAGAGGUUUCGAGCGGGGAGCCCUGCUGGAGACGACCCCGUCUGGUCUCGUAGAUGAAUCGGCCAUCACCCAUCACACUGCAGCACCAACUCCUGGCACAGCUUACCAUGCUUAUCAAGGGCGACCCAAACCAUUCCGACGUCGUCAUCUCCUUUCCAUUUUCGUUCAUGAACUUCAUCUGAUCAUGAUCGAGGUUUGCGUCUCGGAAACAGCCCUCACGUCUUCAAGAAGGUGGCCAAGCUCAUUCGACAGCAGUCGGGCAUUAUUCGCUUUCAUGUUCCUGUUUGUUCGGGAACGCCACGAAUCACGGGCCCCUGGGCAAUUCGAAGGGUACCCGAGUAUAUGCGUCAAAGCUGGACGAAAGCGCGUGCACUGGGAUGAAGGGGAGGAGGCCCUCGAUACUGGAGGAGGUGACAGGGGGACGACCAUGGAGAAGAUCGUAGAUCGCUUCCGACCGUGUCUUCAAGAUGGAUCCCUCUCCGGAGUGGAUUGGAUCUAUCUCCCCCGGCAGGAGUUCUGGCGGGAGAUGUUGCGAAUGUGCGUGCUCACUCGGAGAACGUUUAACGCGAUGGCGUUGAACAUGGGAGGCUUGAGUGGUCCUCGGCCCUUGUACACCGUCCACCGCAAUCGCUCCGCCCCCGCUUGCCAAUGGAUGGCACAGCACCUCCCUGGUUACACACUCGAGAGUUCAUCCGUCGGGAAGACGAGGUGUUUCACGAUUCAUGGUCCAGCGACUUCUCGAGCGGCGAUGCAGUGGGCAGACAGCAGACUGAUGGACGCAUUGGGUUCCAAUGUUCAAUAUCAAUGUCCCGAUCCACCAUGUCCACUGGCGCCUAACUCCAAGUCCAACUCACCGCCGAUCAUGACCACCACACCGGGGCAAGUAUGCCUGAGCUUGACGAUAGCAGAAGCAGAGGCUCUUUUAAAUCUUCUGGACGACUUGCCGGUCUCGACGCAACCUCUACAAGGCGUUAGGGAGAGGCUUGCCCAGUCCCCGAACAUCCAGCCAUCUUCCCUUGAGGCGACUUCCUUGGGACACAAUCACGCCAGCAUCCAGUCGACGUCUGCGGCUCAGGCUCCGCAUGUACUUGCCAAUGGGGAGGGUCUGGAAGCGCGUCCAAAGUACGAAAAAGCAUACCUCAAAUUGGCAGCUUCGAGCAACAAGAAAUCUGGGAAACGUGCAGAUCAGGCCUUCAAGAGCAUCAAAAAUUGCUCUAAAAAGAAGAGUAAGUCUACCGCUGCAACGGCGGAGAAGCAGUCAGGGCCACCGGCUCUCAAAUGGAUGAACACACAUGCCCCGGAGGGUACAGUUUCAGAGCCGGUUAAGAGCUUCAUCAACGGCCUCGAUGCUUCCCUCAGUGACAACAAUUCGCUGUACGCCAUUGUGGAAGCAUUGCAACGAGAUGGGGAUAGAGAAACCGCGUUCCUGGACGAUUCCCUCUCAUCCAUCAUACAAAGGUGCAAGCGUAUGACGGCCGUCAGUGCCGCCACCGACUUUCUCUUCAUGGUGCAGUACCUGCAGCUCGUGUUCAAGUGCUCUAGUCUACAACAUCUCCAUUCGCUGAGCGUUAACGGUGUCUACGAGAAGCAAGUCAGCAUCUAG